CAGUUUCUUUGACCUAAAUUCAAUUCCAAUCGACGGUCGAUCAUUCAGACCAUGGGAGCGACCGGUAGCGACGUGGAAGCCGGGUUUGCCAAGCUACAAGGAGAGGAUUUCGAGUAUUACAUGCAAACAUAUUCCAUAGUAUUAGGCCGGAAUUCUAAAAAAUCAACCGUCGAUGUCGAUCUAUCAAGUCUCGGCGGCGGAAUGAACAUCUCCCGCCACCACGCUCGCAUAUUCUACGACUUCACACGGCGUCGUUUUGCUCUCGAGGUACUAGGUAAAAACGGUUGUUUAGUUGAAGGCGUACUGCAUUUACCGGGGAACCAGCCGGUGAAACUUGAUUCACAAGAUUUGUUGCAAAUUGGGGAUAAGGAAUUUUAUUUCUUGUUGCCUGUGAGGAGUAUUUUAGGUGGCCAUUUAGGGUUGAGGCAUCACGUGAACGUUGUGCCGCAGUAUGCCGGACAUCAUCAUGAUAGGAUGGUGGGGCCGGUCGCGGUGGGGACUGUUAAAAAAGGCGGUAGGUCGAGAGAGUUUUUCGAGGAGGAGUUUGAUGAAGAGGAGGAAUUUGGCGGCGGGAGCAGCGGUGGUAAGAAGAGGAGGGAUGGUUUGGAGGGUUAUGGUUAUGCUGGUGGUAGUGGCUCUGGUGGUGGUAAAGCUGGAUUAGCUGGUGGUUUAGUCCCUUCAGAGAAAAAAAUUGAAGGAAGAUCUAGAGUUGAUCGUGAUUCCGACAAUCAACAACUACUACAAUUGGAGGAAAAGGAUGUAGUUUCAUCUGUGGCAACUGUGCUGUCUGACCUUUGUGGUCCUGGAGAAUGGAUGCCAAUGGAGAAACUCCAUAAAGAGUUACUGGAGCAAUAUAGCAAUGUCUGGCAUCACAGCCGAGUGAGGAGAUAUCUCACCUCUGAGGACUGGCCUAACCCUGAAGCCAAAGGGAAACCCUGGCACGGCUUGCUUAUGUUACUACGAAAAUACCCAGAGCACUUUGUCAUCAACUUAAGGUCCAAGAAUCGUGUAACACAGGAGUUCGUUUCUCUCGUCUCUCUAUUGUCUUAAGACUCGGAGGACAUCUGUAGAAGAUUGCAAAAUGUUCCUUUUGGCUUGUAUUUUGCAAUGAACAUUUUUUGUAUAUUAUGUGUUCGAUUAUGCAAGAUAUUGUCUGUAUCA